AUGCUACGGGAUAAGCGACACCAGGAGAAGGUGAUCAAAGAAUGCGCCAACCAUGAAAUACGAUGGAAGUUUAGCCCGCCAAGUGGACCACAUUUUAGCGGACUAUGGGAAGCACCAGUCCGUUCCGUCAAACAUCACAUCUUGCGCGUGAUAGGGGAUGAACCUAUUUCGAUAGAGGAUAUGAGUACGCUGCUAGUUCAAGUGGAAGGAUGCUUGAAUUCGCGACCCAUAACUCCAAUGUCAGAUGACCCAAACGAUCUUGAAGCCCUUACACCAGCACACUUCCUGGUAGGAUCGUCACUUAAUGCUUUACCAGAGCAGGACUUCACGGAUGUUCCCCAUCAUUACCAGCAGCUCCAACAGAAACAACAACUUUUUUGGAAACGGUAG